UCCCGCCGCCCGGCGCCGUGGUCCCGCGGCGGGCGGUGGCGGCAGCGCGGGCCCCAUGUGGCGGACGUUGGCUGUCGCGUCCGCCUUCUUCCCGGGGCUGUUCGCGUUCUGCGUGCGGGCGCUGCGUUGGGCCGCGCCGGGAUGGAGCCUCAAGGACCGCGUCCUGCUCAGCGGAAGGCUGGUGUCGACGGUGCAGGCCACGAUGGCCACGGUGUCGGGCCUGACCGUGGUGCUUAGCUGCGAGGAUGUGGUGCACGACAGGCACUGGCUGGCUGUGGAGUACGUCUGGGUCCUGGUUCCCUACAUGACCUACGACAUCUACGUCAUGUACCUCUGCCACUGGCACAAGAGCCGAGAGAAGGGCAUAGCAGAGAGGAAGCACUCACUGACCAGUGUGCGGAGCUUCCUCCUGCAGGAGCGGCUGAUGGUCACCCACCACCUCUUCAUCCUCAUCGUGCUCACCCCUGUCACCCAGCACUUCAGGGGAGAGCUGGGGGAUUUCUUCGUGGGCUGCAUCUUCACAGCAGAGCUGAGCACUCCUUUUGUAUCGCUGGGCAAAAUCCUCAUGCAGCUGAAGAUGCAGGACACGCUGCUGCACAAAGUGAACGGGAUCCUCAUCCUGGUGUCUUUCUUCCUCUGCCGUAUUCUCCUCUUCCCCUUCAUGUACGCAGCCUAUGGCAGGCAGGUGGGAAUCCCAGUUUACAUGGUGCCUUUCCGCAUCCCCCUGCACUGCAACAUAGCCAACGCCUCCCUCAUCGCCCCGCAGCUCUACUGGUUCACACUCAUCUGCCGCAAAGCCGUCCGCCUCUACGGCAGCUCACCUGCUGACAAGAGCAGGUAAUGGCUGGCA